GCUUCACCUCCCGGCUGCUGUUGAAUUUCUUUUCUAGGAUAAAACGCAUUCAUUUUAAGGGCAACUCACAGUGGUAUAGUCGUACUAUAGGUGAAGAUGUUUCCCUAACGGAAUGGGAAAUGCAUGUGAUAUCAGAGAUUGAAAAUCAAGAGGUGCGCAGAACUAACAAUAAUAAACAGCUACUAAAUUAAAUCGUUGCUUUAAACGGGAGUGCACAUCCGCAGUCUGCUACUCUCGAAACUGGUGAGGACAAAUCUCUUGUUCAUGACCUCCGGAGAGCAUUGCAGAGAUUUGCAUUCAUUUGCCAGUGGUAACCUGCCUUGAAUUAUCAUUUGCCUUGUCCCUGAAUUGCAUCUGGAAGGAUUUUUUUCACCAUAGUAGUGCGUUUUGCAGCUAGUGGGCCAAACGAGGGUGCACCGCGCUGCGUUACCCGGACAGUGGACCAAAAGAUGAUUUGGUAUUGCACGGGAUUCAGGGCUGUUAGUUCGAAUAGCAGCAACUCUACAGGCAGGUUUUCCUCAUGCCUUGCAUGCAAGUGCUGAUUCAAGUCGUGACUUGAUUUUAAAUGUUCUGUUAACGUGGAAAUGGGGUUGCUUUCGUUUAUAAAGUUGGCCAGCUUGUAUCAACAUUGACGAUUUAAAGUAAUAACUACCCUGAGGCUUUCUUCCAGGAUAAGCUAAUCAUUGUCUAACUUGGAUGUCCAGAAAUAAUAAUGUAUGGAGAAUCUAGAUCACUUUAUUUUUUGAUAUUUGGGAUUGGAAAACGUUUCCUUAAUCAGUAGAGGACAAAAACUUCCAAGGCUUCGUUGGUUGUUGGAAGUUCAUUCACUUAUAUUUGCUGUGGAUAUUUCUGAAAAAAAAAAUCAUGGGGAACAUGUCUUCUAAUAUGUCAACAUUCCAGUCCCUUCAUAUUGUCAUGUUGGGGCUGGACUCUGCAGGCAAAACCACAGUUCUCUAUCGCUUGAAGUUCAAUGAGUUUGUAAACACAGUGCCCACUAUUGGGUUUAACACAGAGAAAAUCAAAUUGAGCAAUGGGGCAGCUAAAGGCAUAAGCUGCCACUUUUGGGAUGUAGGUGGACAGGAGAAGCUCCGGCCUUUGUGGAAAUCCUAUAGCCGAUGCACAGAUGGUAUAAUCUAUGUUGUAGACUCUGUUGAUGUAGACCGGCUGGAGGAAGCCAAGACAGAACUACAUAAGGUCACUAAGUUUGCAGAGAACCAGGGGACCCCUCUUCUUGUGAUUGCCAACAAACAGGACCUACCAAGAUCUCUCUCAGUAUCUGAAAUAGAGACACAUCUAGCACUGUCAGAACUGACACCUUCUACUGCAUACCAUAUCCAGCCAGCAUGUGCCAUUAUUGGUGAGGGACUUAAUGAAGGCAUGGACAAACUGUAUGAUAUGAUCCUAAAACGCAGAAAAUCCCUCAAACAGAAAAAGAAGCGAUAGUGCCUGUUGGUGACCCCAUUAGGCAGACUGUAUUCAAGCCUAACCUUUCCUGAUUGGGUUAGAUGCUGCAUUGCAUGAAUGCUUGUGGCUAUAUGGCUUGAUAUUUUACUACUGUUUUAUAAGUACUAAAAAAUAUAUAAACUGAAACAAACAACAUAAUCUGCUGUCCACUGCAGUCCACACAAACAACAAGUCCAGGAACUAAAUAAAGUGUCUGAGACUGCUGAAACCAAAUGCUGCUAUUUUAAUUUUAGAAGAAAAAUGUUGCCCUUUAUGCUUGUGUUUUUUUUUGUUUUUUUUUGGGGGGGGGGGGGUUGCUACCUGGUGACUGCUUAGAUCCAGCCCAUGCAAGCACAAACUGAAAAGUCUUCCUUCAUUUGUGAGAUGUCUUUUCUUUGUUUUAUGGCAGCUUGUCUCCAGAAUUCUUGGUCAGACAUUCUGUUGCUGGUGCUGUAUGGAAAUUUGUCUGUGGUAACUGUUUUCACUGAAAUACAAAAGAAGUUAAGUGCACUGUAAACUAGUGGGUACAGGAAGGAGUGUGCAUGGCCUCGAUGAAGCUGGGCUUUUGCGAGUGCACUUUAGUUUGGUAGCAUGGUAUGUAUGCAAAUGUGUACUCUCUCGCCAUUUUUUUUUGGGGGGGGGUUAAUCUAAUGUAAACUAAUGUUUACUUUACUAAUCAGUUAAGUCUUAUAGUAAUGAGAACAGCCAGCCCUUAUGUGUAUACCAUUUUGACAGAGGUCAGAAAUUAUUUACAGCAAAGUGCAAGAACUGAAGUAUCGUAUUACUGCUGAUAAAUUGGGUGUGCCAGCCUUCUGGUUGUUGGACAUGCAUGCACUUGCAAACAUGUAAUACCAUGUCAUUGUGGGUGUGAUGUGGUGUAAUGCAUUGAUUGCUACUGUUGGUUGUAAACCCCCCCCCCCCCCCAGUUUUUCUAGGCUAUUUGCAACCCUAAAAGUCCUGAUCUGUAGAACAAGUGAGAGUCUGAGUAAAAUGGUAAGAUAAGACAGGCAUGGGAUGUAGGUGCUUUUGCUGGGAAAAGUCCUUUGGGAAUAUCAAGUACAGCAGCAGACAUAACUGUAGGUGCGGGGGUGGGGCAGAGAAACAAUGUUUUAAAAUAAUAAUUCACUUAUUAGAUUUCUUGUAGCAGUGUUCAUUUUUACAUUUAAUUUCAGUUUUUUUUACGUGAGCACUUGAAAGUUAGGUUAACUAAUUAUUAGCAGAAAUGAUAUUGCAUAGCUUCCAAAUUAAAAUGUUGUCUCCCUUGCAGGAAUAUGACUUGCUACUUUACAUCAUUUUCCGAUCUGCUGUGUCUCGCGCUGCAGUAUUGUAUGUUUUUCUUUGCUUCCAUUGUGCUUUGUUUAUUGGGGUGGGCAUGGAAUGUUUUAGCUAGAUCCCAACAAGCAGUCCAUUGUGCCUGCACGUGUUGUAAUUUAGACUUUUGUUAAAGAGAUGAAGGCUUUUUUGGGGUGGUAGAUUAAUGCAAUUCCAUAAGGCGACUCACAAUAAAGGCAUAAUAAACCCAUAUAUUUGGCCUGGGCUGUGCAGCACUUUUCAGUCAGGUUGAAGGUGAAAAUUAGGUAUUAUGGUAUUCCAUGGCAUUAGCUAACAAACCCUUUUUAAGUCUGUAGAACCUGUUUAUGAAAGAUGUGCCAGCUCUGUUUGCUUAAACCUUACAAAGUAGUAAUAAUGUCUACAUGUCUUUUCUGUCACAUCCAAAAUAAGAUAGGUAUGCAUCAUCUGUACUCUUCAGAAGAGAAAUAGCUGUCUGUGUAUUUGGUGUAUAGCAGUGUGUGCUGCUUUGAGAAAAUCAGACUGUCUGGGCAUUGAGAGGUGUAAUUUUUUAUUAAUACAGUGAUGGACAGCAAUGUGUGACUUUUUAUUCUUUCAAUCUCUGCAUAGGCUAGAGCAGUAUCUGAAAUGUGUUUUGCAGGAGAUUUUUACAGAUAUAGAGCAGUGUAACUUGCAGUCGGUCAUCACACAGACCACCACCCCCGAAAAUGUGCCAAGAGAUUAGAAGUAAAAUUCCAAAGUGUAACAAAUUUCUUAUUCAUUAAUUAAGUACUGCAUUUGAAGAGCAGUAAGCAAAACAUUUACCUGAAGCCAAAGAAUGUAGGAAUACAGCACCACUCCCAGCGUUGAGGAAGGGAAGAGUGUGUAGGCUGCAUCUUUCGUCUGUUUUGUCUGUGGCUUCUUGAUACUUCCUGCUUGAAAGAGUGAAUUUAAUUUGAUUAAGUAAAGUGAGCUAUUUUUGCUAAAUUGAAAAGCAUGCUCUUCCGUUCUUCCUUGAUUUAUGGUGAUGCCACAUCUUCCCUUUCUUUUUGGGCUCUCCUCUGCGUAUGAUGGUAGCCAGCUGAAGAUUCUUUAGAUGGUUAUAAUAUAUUUCUCCCCUAAUAAAGAUUACAGUUGGCUGUCAUUAAAUCUUUGUCAAAGUAUGAGACCUGUACUGUUAUUGCUUGUAAUGUGUUUGCAGGCAUGGAGUGAUAUUUAUUUUUACUGAGCAUAGUUUUGAUAAUGUUUGAGAUGGAAUGGUAAAUGCAUCAUUACCAUUUGUUUUGAAGAGAAAUAUUUAUUGAGUUCAAAAGGUUUAGAAAGACUGAACAUGCCAUAAUGCUUGAUCUUGCUGAAGUUUCAGAUAAGAGUAUUUCUGAGUUUGGAUUAAUGAGCUGUGUUGCAGCAGAGGUUAUGUAUGUCUUCUCAGUAAAAGGUGAUUCUUAACCCUGUAGCUAGGAGUGAAGAGGCCCAAGCUGUGUUUGCAUUUGUAACAGUAGUUGCCAUCACGACAGACCUGUCAGCUGACUUAGUUGUGCGUUGAUGAGUGUCAGAUGUUCUGGUCUGACACCAUUUCUUGAAGUACGUUAUUGACUGCUGCAGAGUGAGAUGAUAAGAACAGGAAGGACAGUAAGAAAUAAAUGCAAUUGAAGUGCAUGCAUAAGACUUUGUGACUGGUAAACUACCAGAUUAAAAUAUACCCCCUCCCCUCACAAGCACCCCCUAGAACUUUUGCAUUAAAUGGUUUAGUGUUCAGUUGUACAACAUUUUUGCAGGAAAAGUGCUUUUAUAGAUGCAAUAUUUCCUUGUUAGAUGGGGUGAAGGUGAUGCUUAACUGAAGUUAUGUGCAUUAAAACAGUCUGCCAACAUUGUUUCACUCAACAAUGGGGUGCAAACAUAGCUGCUUAUCAUUCCGUUCUGUUUUAUUCAGUUUUUAUCUUGUUCUAUCAAGCAUUUUGCUUCCUGUUGUAGAUCACAAUGUAUGUACUUGCUGGCAAGUCAGCUUAUGUGUUUUUUUUUUUUCUGAGACUAGAAUAUGGCAUCUACACAGUAAGUAUCCUUACAAGUUUUGUGCUACUGUGGAUUGUCUCUUGCCAUGCUGUUAAAACAAAAUGUUGUCUACCAUCAAAUUAAACUUUAUUCAGCAAAAGACAUGAAUUAAAGGGUGUGUUAGGCAGUUAUAGUGAAGUGUUAAACUCUGCAGGAAGCUAAUCUGGUGAGUUUCUGUUAAGGAGUGGUGUGUGUUUGCUUAUCACUAUUUUCCCAUCCACCCUCUGUUACUUUUCAGUGGAAUGGGUGGAUCUCUUUCAAGAAACUUUUCAUAGCUAUAAUUUUCUUAAGACAUGGGUAGGUUAGACUAGAUAAGAGUUAGAGCUGCAUUAUGAGUUUUAUAGUUUUUCAAAACUGUUUUGCUUCUGUGUAACUUGUGUUUUUCCAUAAGUUUUAAAAGUGGUAGUACCAGUUUACUGUAUGUUUUACAUCAGUCAUCAGCGUUUAAUUCAGAAACUAGAGGACAUCAUUUAUUUUAUCUUUACAAAAGCAUGGUCGUUGUCUUCCUCACACAUUUGUCAUAGCCAUUGACCAUUUUAUGAAUUCAAACCGGGUCGGGCAUGUAAUAAUGUGUAUAAUAUCAUUUUGCACUGAUCCCUUAUUUGUAGGGGGGGGGCAGUUUUCCUAAGAGCAGUUUAGACUUAGUUUGUAAUCAUGAGACAUCUGCCUUCUGCUCAUCCUAUCCUGUAUAGACUGGGUCAGAUAUAUGGGAAAUACGACCAUAAAACCUUUUGUGGCCAGUGGACUUGUAGUGCUCAAAAUGCCUGGAAUUGAAGAAACCAAGAGUAAAACUAAUACAUUUUGGAAGUGUCAGAUGGGUGGUACUCUGUCUUGGGUGCAUGCUCUUAUUUUUUUAUGGAAUUACAUUACUUAACAGUGUACUGUGUCUUUCAAUUUGGGAAGCACAAAUAUGUUUGCAAGUGCAUAGCUAUAACAAAUGUUUACUGAGAACUGAAGCUAGACAUUUCACUAAUGACCAAAAAUGUUGCUUUCUUUUUGUAUGAAAUGUCCAAGUGUAAAGUUGUUGUAGAUUUUAAUGUAACAAAAAAUGAGGCAUAGUUUUGUAAACCUACGAUGCUUGAUUUGUAAAGACACGUAUAAAUGACAAUUAAAGGAAGUGCGGUAACCAAUUUAGGCAUUCCUGUAUGGGCAUUGGAGGGGGGUUGAUUUAAGAGUAUUCUGAGUGGUGUCUUACUGCUCUUACCUUACACACUAUCUGAAAACUUUUUGCAAGCCAGGAGGCUAAGGCACAGUGUUAAGUAUGCAUACCGGGUCUCUUUUUUUUUUAAAUUAAUUAAAUUUAAUAAAAAUUCUGUGUUCUUUGAAAUGUAAUGGUUUGAGUAAUAAUGCUGCAAACCAUGUGGUCAAGUGACUGGAGACCUCCACUGUGAGUUAAGGGCCCCUGGGCUGAAGUCGUUUAUGCCUGCUGUCCAUGUGAUUUGUAUGUGUGUCACUCCCCAUUCUUCAUUCUUGCUUCUUAAGUCAGUUGCACUGAAAACUGUAUGAACAGAAUUUGUUCUAAACGAGCGAAGGAGAGUACAUUGUGCAAAGCAGAUGUAUGUUGCUGUUCGCUUCACUCUUCCAAAAUUGAAUGCUGCAUUAUUAUUACAAAAAGACUAGUUUUACUUUUGGUAUCAUAAUUUGAAACGGACUGCAAAAUUAUCCUUCUUUUCAUGGUAUUGAAUAGACUGUUACAGUAAUGAGUCUGAACUUGUAGAGCGUGAAACGCUUACCUUUAUAUUUUGAACUCUGAAGAAACAAAACAUAAGAAAGAGAGUGGACUGGAACAGAACCCUUCAUGAUUGGCUGAGUCUGCAGACCAUGUUUUUUCUUCUAAUGUCAAGGCUGUUUUUCAUGGAUAUGCAUACUAAUCUAGCUAAUAAUGUCCAACUAAAAAUACUGAAUUGUAGCAUUGCUUUAGUUUUACUAUCCUAAUUAUUGAAUAAAUAGGAUAAUGAGUUUAACAUAUUACUAAGUUUUUAUAGUUGCCCAUUUUAUUGUUGCAGUAUUCUUCACAGCUGUGGCUCAGUUUCUGAUUGUAGUAUGGGGCAGGACCUCAUGUAUUUAAAGUUUACAGUUAUAGUAAAAUUGUCUUAGGAUGGAACUGGGUUCUCAUCUGCUAUAAAUAGCAUGGGGCAAGCAUCCUGCAUGUCUGUCUAGAGAGAGAAGCUCUGGUGCAAAGACAGAUGCUCAGGCACUGGGGCAUCGUAUACAUGUUAUCUUUGUUCUAGAAGCUCUCAUUGCAUGGGUGGGUUGUUCCAGUGGAUAUGACUUAACAUUUUUGGAUAUCCUCCUCCAUAUUUGCCUGAAGGGGUGAGGUUGGGUUUUGUGAUUUUGAGGAAAUGAAAACUUGUUGAACUGCAGUUUUCUUUUUCUUUCAUACCUGUAUAGUACCAUGCCAGAGACGUUCUGAAAAAAAUAAAACACUUGUUGCUUCCAUGCUAAAAUUCAGAGACUGCUGGUGGACUACAUUGCCAAAGUUAUGUUUUGAGGCUUUUUUAUUUUAUUUUUUUUUAAUUGAAGUGGCUUUGUGAAAAAAUAAAUAAAUUAUUAUUUAUGCAAAUACA